AUGAAUUCUAGCCUCAGGAGCACAGAAACGGUUGAAUAUUGCUACAGUUUUGUGGACCAGUCUUGCAUGAAAGCCAACCGAUCAAAUGGCCUCCGAGUAUCCCUUUAUCUGUUUGGUGUGGUGGCAAUUCUGGUGACAGUAGUUGGUAAUAUGUUGGUGAUCAUUUCAAUCUCGCAUUUCAAAAAACUCCACACACCCACUAAUUAUCUAAUUCUUUCGCUGGCAGUUGCGGAUUUUCUGCUUGGAUGUAUGGUUAUGCCGUACAGUUUGGUGAGAUCUAUAGAAAACUGUUGGUACUUAGGGGAAAUGUUUUGCAAACUUCAAUCAAGCUUUGAUUUUAUGCUUUGUGCAGCAUCAAUAUUCCACCUGUGCUUUAUCUCUAUUGAUCGAUAUUAUGCAGUAUGUGACCCGCUGAAAUACAAGACCAGAAUCACACUUCAAAUUGUCCUCAUGAUGAUCUUCACCAGUUGGAUUCUUUCAGCAUUUGUCGGUUUUGGCAUGAUAUGUUUUGAACUGAAUUUAAUUGAAAUUAGGGAUUUCUAUUACCGUCAAAUUUAUUGCUAUGGUGGCUGUAUAUUGCUGAUGGGGAAAUUCUGUUCAGUGAUUUAUUCACUAAUUUCUUUUUACCUCCCAGGAUUUAUAAUGCUGUGUAUUUAUACAAAGAUUUACUUUGUAGCUACAAAACAAGCUCGAGCCAUUAAUGACAUUGCAAGGCAAACCCAAACUAUCAAAGACAGUAAAAACAUAAGUUCCCAGACAAGUGAAAGAAAAGCUGCAAAAACUCUUGGAAUAGUGAUGGGUGUAUUUUUAAUUUGCUGGUCUCCAUAUUUCACUUCUAAUUUCAUAGACCCUUUCAUUGAACACUCAACCCCGCGCAUUAUGUUUGAUCUCUUUUUUUGGUUUGGGUAUUUAAAUUCUGCAUUUAACCCAGUGAUCUAUGCAUUUUUUUAUUCUUGGUUCAGAAAAGCCCUAAAAAAUAUGUUAACCUUUAAAAUAUUUACAACUGAUUCCUCAAGAAUAAAUCUAUUUUGA